GACAGACAUUUGUCUUUCAUAAUAUCAAUUACACUCCUUAUCAUACCAUAUAAUCGGGGCUAAUGUCCAGUGCCGAGUUAGGGUCGAAUGAUGGACGUCGACAGUGGAGCAACGAGUCCCUCUCAGUCAGCGACAGCUGGCCCAUCGACUGUUGUUUCUCAGAAAGUACCGAUCAAAGUCAGCUGUCUACAAUGUAGAGCUGCCAAAAGAAAAUGUAACACACUUGGGGCCCAUACGACCUGUAGACGAUGUCAAGGACACAAUAUUUCUUGCGAGUACGCCCCUCCCAAUCGUCGAGGUCGAAAAAAGAAGACUUUUUCCGAAAGCCAUUCUAAACUUACAGACGGCAUACACUCUUUAUCUGUCUCUGGCGCACCUAGUAGGGCCAGUGCGGGUCCUAAUGAAGCGCCUUCCGCAGGAGGAAACGAGGCUAGCGGCUUCUAUGGUUCGAUUGCUGGGCCUAGUCAGCAGUUUCCCAGCAAUCUCCUUCAGUCGCAACGCUAUAACGGUGCUGUCAAUAGUGACGCAUCUGUACGCCCUUUGGACGGCAGCGCGGAAUCGAGUCCUCUCGAUCGUACGUCAACCGUACCUAGCCGUUCAUCCAUUGGCCGAAUGGGGUCAACGCCGGCUGAAGGAAUGAAGGGCAAGUUUGAUAUACAUUAUUCCCAUGUUAUCCCUGGUGAAAGGAAUUCGCUGCCCUCAAAUGCUCCUAACGAAGGCGUCCUCGCCCAACAACAGGAAUUACUUGUCCAACAAUUAAGGCCUGAGUGCCCCGAUCCAGUGACUGCUGGUUUUCUGAAGGACCAAGACACGCUUGAGAUCUUUGACUUUUACUUUCGUCACCUCAAUGCUGCUGUCGCCAUCCUUGACCCUGUCCUCCAUACACCCGUAUACUGUCGACAUUACUCACCUCUCCUCUUCACCGCCGUCGUCACAGUCACCGUUAGAGUUAUACGGCCCAAGAUAUACCCUCAAUGUCUGCUCCUCGCCAACAAGCUUGUAGGGCAAGCUGUCGAAUUCGGUUUAUGCUCGAUCGAAGUUGUACAAGCUUUAUGUCUUCUGACCCAUUGGAAGAAGCCAGAUGACGAGACGAGCUACGUGAGGAUGGGCUAUGCGAUUCGUAUGGGGCAGCAGUUACAAUUGGGCACAAAAGCUCCUAGACCCUUACCGCAGGAUGAAAGGCAGGCGAGGGAGGUGUUGAAUCGUGAGCGAGCUUGGUACAAUUUGGUCAUAGCCGAUUAUCAUCUCGCAAUUAAUCAUUCCCUUCCAAGGAUGAUCACGGAUGAUGUGGAAGAUCCUGCUGACUGGGUCGCUGAACACUCACAUCUACCAACUCCCGGAGAGUCCUCGUUCGGACCGUUCAUUACUUUCAACAGAAUGAGCAGGCUUUAUGCCGAUAGCCUUGGGGCGAUGAAUGGUGAUCCUUCAAAUAUGAGAAUGUUGAACUGGAUGGAUCUGGAGUGGACAAGAUGGAGAGGACGCUGGCUGAAGGAUAGUGGGAAAUACGGCUUCGUUCAGUUCCAGAUAUCAGCAUUCCAUCUAUGUGACACCUUCUUCCGAUUCCACAUCUGCGAGUACCGUUUAUUAUUCGUCGCAAGAUACGAGUCGCAGGGGCAGAUCUUGGACACUAGUGAGCCUUCACCAUUGUCAAUGGCUUUUACGGAAUGCGCCGAUGCAGCAAUGGGAAUUGGAGGGGUGGUGCUGAAUGAUCUUGUACCUCAUGGGUAUCUGCCUUACUGUUUCAACUUGACCUGGCCAGCAUUAGCUAUCAGUGCUAUCUGGCUGGCCAAAAAUAUCGAACCUAUGAGUGGCGCAGACCGAGCUCGUGUCAUUCGUCUGCUCUCCGAUCUUCAAUUUGCGAUGGAAAAGGCAUCAUGUUCUAGCGAUGACAUGGCUGCUUAUACCCAUAGGCUUCUCAGACAUUUACUCAGCGGCAUCUCUCCUGAAUGGCAACUUGCAUCCUUCAUGACGAAACCAUACCCUCAUCCAACAAAUCAAAACUCAGGCCAAACCCAUCAUCAAAAUAUUCCGAACACUUCUGUGUUUACUCAGAACACCAACAACACCGGGAGCAGUGGACCUCUUAACUGGGAGCCUUCAAGUGCCCAAGAACUCAUUCAAAGUCACCUCUGGAGCCAGCAGCCGCAGCAUUACUUGCUAGCUCCCCCUAUCGGCCCUGUACCCGCGCAAUCUUCAGGGGGAGAACAACCGGAUAUGAGUCAGAUUUCGGGUGUUAUGCCGGGGGAAUUCCAAGAUCUUUUCCCCGCUAAUGACGAUGAUUUCUGGAAACAUCUUUUCCCAUCUGGAAGUAUGUAAUAUAAACAUAAACAUAAAAUAUAAACAUAAAAUAUUAGAACGAUCCGUCCACAAUGUUGCCAUCCAUGUACAAUACGCUAGGAAAUAACAUCGCGCUCUUCAUGGGAGUUGUACUAUACGAGUAUUAGAAUAAUUUCCCUCCGCAUGUGACGCGAGUUGUGAAGAACAUGCACUUUGAGGUCUUAGCU